GUUCGUGGGGGUACAUCGUAGUGAACGUCUCAGCCGGGUAUAUGUUCGGCACCUGGAGAGGGCUGGCUGUCACUCUCUCUACAGCCACUGCUGGAGUCUUCCUUGCUCACAUCCUCAUACGCGUCUGUCUCAGGGAGGUUGUACACCGUCGAGUUGUGACGUCACGACUGCUACGGGCGCUGCUGGCGGUGCUGGGAGGUCCUCAAGCCUUCAAGGUAGUGUUCGUCACCCGCCUCACGCCUAUACCAUUCGGCCUCCAGAACGCUGUCUUCGCUGUGUCACGAGUACCGACGUGGUUGUAUCUGGCGGCGACAGUGGUAGGUCUGUUGCCCACACAGGUGCUCAACUGUUACCUGGGCACCACCGUCAGGAACCUCGAUGACGUGGUGUCUCAGUCACCCUCCGCCAGUGCUACCGGCUGGGGAGUGUUCGCCGUCCAGAUCGUCAUCAGUAUCGGCUUGACUAUGUGGGUAGUGAGACGAGCCAAGGCGGAACUUCACAAGACUAUGGCCGCCCAACUCUCUGACGAUACUCAACCCACCCUCUGCUCCCCCGCCCACUCCACCCGCACGCCCACUAACUCUGCCACGCACACGCCAGCCCACACACCAGCCCACACGCCCUCCCGUGCCUCAAGCAGGACUUCCAACGGCCAUGCCAAUUUCCCCGUGGAUAUUGCCAGUUCUCACCUAACGAAGAUAACAGCACCUCUACCAUCAUCACCACCUCCAACACCUCCUCCUUCUCCCUCCGCACCACCUCCUCCACCAACACCACCACCACCUCUACCACCACAUUCCGCAGGGACUCAGCCGACGACAUCUUCAUCCUUGUUGACAGCCCUGCGUGACGCCACCGCCAUUGGGACUCGUCUCAAAUCCUUCAGGAGGUUCCGAUGGCAGCUCAAACACAACCAAGUCGUACCUGUUGGGAGAGUCAUGGUCACCUCACCGUGGACCUCACCUGGCACACAGCUGGCCACAUCUGACACACACCAAGUCAGCCACAACUCACAGCGGGCUACAUCUGACACACACCAAGUCAGCCACAACUCACAACGGGUCACAUCUAACACACACCAAGUCAAUCCUAACUCACAGCGGGCCACAUCUGACACACACCAAGUCAGCCACAACUCACAACGGGUCACAUCUGACACACACCAAGUCAAUCCUAACUCACAGCUGGCCACAUCUGACACACACCAAGUCAGCCACAACUCACAGCGGGCUACAUCUGACACACACCAAGUCAGCCACAACUCACAACGGGUCACAUCUAACACACACCAAGUCAAUCCUAACUCACAGCGGGCCACAUCUGACACACACCAAGUCAGCCACAACUCACAACGGGUCACAUCUAACACACACCAAGUCAAUCCUAACUCACAGCGGGCCACAUCUGACACACACCAAGUCAGCCACAACUCACAACGGGUCACAUCUGACACACACCAAGUCAAUCUCAACCCAGAUACACACUAUACCAUAAAGCUUAAGAAUAGCAUGAGUGCCGAAGAAGAGGUCAUGCACACACUACCACAUGUAGCACCUACCACACACUACACUAUGUCCAACAUACAGCACACCACGCCUACCAGACAACACACCACGCCUACCAGACAACACACCACGCCUACCAGACAACACACCACGCCUACCAGACAACACACCACGCCUACCAGACAACACACCACACCUACCAUACCUCACACCACGUCUACCAGACAACACACCACGCCUACCAUACCUCACACCAUGCCUACUAUACAACACACCACGCCUACCAUACCUCACACCAUGCCUACUAUACAACAAACCCCGUCUUCCAUCCAUCCUAUCACAGAACAGGCUGUGCUCACAAUAAACCCCAAACUGUUCUCAUAUCAGGACUCAGAAGUGACCUCCUCUUCCAACAUGGUACAAAGCAUCGCUACUAACACACAGUACACGUCUUCCCAGCAGACUAUACCAACACACGACAUAACAACAGAGACGAUAGCAGACACGUCACCUCAAAAAAACAAAACCACACAGAUCAAGAGGCACAAUUCUCCUUCCUGUGUUGAAAUUAACUCAUUCAUUACUCCAAUAGCUGUAGAUUCUGGUCGGGUCCACAAUGUCAUAUCUCAGGAACCCUCAACACACAACACCAACACUACCUCACCGCUGACUACUUCCAUACCCACAGCCAUCCUCCCAACCACAGUACUCAAAACAUCUCAAAGACCUUUCGUGCCGCCUACUUCGUCAGUAAUAACCACCAUCAUCGAGCAACCUAAUACUGCUACACCUCGACCACACACUGCACCCACCACCACCACAACGACCACCACAUUACCGAGAGUAGGUACACCACCACCAACUACCACCAUCACUACACCUACACUACCCAUCAUGGCAGCCCCACCAGCGGUCAUACCACCCAUAACACCUACGUUGCCAAUUGCUCCUUCUUGACAGAUAUCUACACUCCUCUUACACCCCGUCACACCCACCAGACGUCAGAUCACACCUUCCAAGUAACACUAACUCAGCCUGACCUAUGAGACUCGUCUGCCUGUGUUCCAGUUCCUCGACUAAGCUACAACUCGUCCUCCUUCAGUAUCAACCACACAAAGUCUAUAAUAUUGUGUCACGUCUGCGAGGGAAGAGUAUUUGUGUUCAUAAGAUGUGAAUGAAGCCAUUACUCACUUCUUAAAGUAAUAUAUAUAUAUAUAUAUAUAUAUAUAUAUAUAUGUAAAUAGUAAUUGAUUAUUUUGACCAGAAGUGAAUGUUGGAUUAUAGACAAGAGAUGAUCUUAGUAAUUAUGAUUGACUCUUUGGGCCAAAAUAAUCGAUGAACUCAUUAAAGAUAUUUGUAAAAGAUAAUUUGAUAAUGUUGAGAAGAAUUAUUUUGGCUAAAUUUAUUUUAGUCUUGAUAAAAAAAAUUACAUAUAUGUAAAAAAUAGAUGAUAUUACUGAUGAUAAUCACCACUCAAGGUAAUCCAUCACCUCAUAGUAAAUACUUAUCAACCUGAGAUGUAGUAACAACGUUUUAGUAUCAAGAAUCAUCAUCAUAAUAACUACUGUCUGAUCUUAGUCAAAUUAUACCUUAAUUCUAGUACCUGUCUAGACCAUCCUUGGCCUUGAUGACUGUUACGUUGACCUGCUGAUGGUCCAAGGAUGAUGACACACUGACCCAUUAAAGAUACGUGGACCAGUGAGUGUGAGAGGGGCAUUAAGUUACCUUUUAUGUGUUUUUUGUUGGUUUUCUCCACAUUUAGGUGAUUCAACUGCUAGGGUUAUUAAGCGUUGUUCAUGGGUGUUUUGUCUUAAGGCACUUCAACUGUCAGGUUUAUUAAGCAUCGUUCACAAGAUCUUGACUUUCUUAUACUCUUACUUAAAAAAAAAUUAUUAACUCGAUCUUAUAAUCUUGUCAUUUGUUUAGACAUUUUGAAGACAAUAAUACAAAUAAGAAAUAAAGAACAAUGAUAUACUUCAGUUUGGGAGCAGUGUAAUAUGACCUGGACAUAAUCAUCUUCUUCAUGACUCGAGUACAAUACAACGAUCAUUAUAUCCGGGUCUAUAACUAAGACUUAGCUGGUGAAAGGUUGUAUAUGGUUCAGCACCUCGAGGUAUCCGGCUCGUCACCGUCCAUGAGGAUGUGCCUUUAAUAAAAUUAGUCCUUGGGAGGUUGGGGGGGAGGCCUUAUGAGGAGCCGUAAUGUGGACCUCUUUAUGUUAAUAUCGUGUCUGGGUCUUUUUUUUUUAAUGGAACCUUGAAAAUCUUGCUUUUAUUUACUUUUUUUUCAUAAUUAAGACGUUCCUCCAAAGGGCUUUAUUUUUUUUCACGUCUUAUUAAAUUCUUAGUCGUAUUAAUUGUCUGUAUGAGUUAAGUUUUAAUAAUCUCAACUUUGGGUGAUUUUUUAAAAGUCUUCAUUAAGGAAAUAUAUGUAUGGGGAUUUUUUAAAAAGUUUUAAUAGAUUAGGAGAAUAAAUUUCCUUUUAUGUUAAAUAUCAAUGCAAUAAUUAAUAGUAAAAGUCAAGUGUUUUUUGCUAGAUAUUUACCUCAGCGGACACCCUGACGUAUAAUCUGUUCCCUUCACCAUAAACAAACAUGUACUGUACUCCCCGGUGUAAUGUGUCAUACUAAGAAAAUUCCAUCACCGCUUCUUGUGUGUGAUGUAAGCGUGGUUGACGUUUUACUCUUGGCGGCAGACUGUUCAUAGCUCACGGCAUCUCUACAACACAUGAGGGAUAACAAUCACACUUGGACUAUGGUAAACACGAUGAUUUUCUUGGGAUGAACUUGUUGCCAUCCAUCCUUCCUCCUCUGUUAUAACUAUUGGCCAUUAAGUCGCCACCCAGCACCAAGAUGAGGAGUUAUGGUGCUGUAAUGGCGGGGGUGGAGGUACAGUCGGGGUCAAAAGUUUCUCUCCCUCCCAAUAUGAAGCAGUAUCGACUUCAAAUGAGAUAAAACCACACACCCGCACCAAAUAACAGUCAUGGGUAAGUCAGUUCGGAGACUCAUUCUGGGACUCGGUGUCACCUCGGGAUCGAACUUUUGUCUGUGACUGAACAGUUGUGUCAGAUUUUGUUAAGGAGUUGUCGUAUCACGUAGCCUUCAGUAUCUUUCAACAAACUGGUUCUGAGCUAAAAAUCACUUGUGGUGGCAGACGCUGGCUGGCUGCUGGUCCAGGGAGAAGUGAAUCAGGUUUGCUCUUGUGGGUAGGAAGGUGUUUGGCGUCUUUGUGUCCUGAAAUAAUCCACUUCUACAUGGUUUAAUUAAUUGUUUUUGUUCCUUUAAACCCUAACUACCAGACAAGUGAGGCCCCAGAGUACUUCAGAACGUUUUCUUCUGCAACGUUUCUUCUUUAUCCUAACUUGACUCUAUCUCAACCUUUUUAUACCUUACAACUUGGAGUAGAAUAUCUCAAGGUAGAUCUGAUGGUGAUUACUGUGAGGAUGAUAAUAUGUGUAAAUAAAACUGUUUACAAAUCAAAAAAGUUUAUGUAGUAGUUGUUGUAUAGAAGAUAAUGUGAGACGUUCCUAUAUUUUUUACAAGUGACGUCAUGUUCCUGGUUACUCAUUGUGACGUCACUCAUCAUUUUGCCAUUCCCACAUCUUCUCUGUAAAAUUAGAUCUGUUUCUUUUGCUGAUUAUGUUUGAUGAUAAUAUCUUAAAAAUUAAUAGUUUUAAGGAUCAACUAAUACUGUGUAGGAGACAUAAGAUCCUGGAACUUCUUAAUAUAGUAGUCCUGAUAGGCCCUCAACCUAACCUAACCUAACCGUUAGUAUUGGGGCCCUAUUAAAAUUAAGGUUUAUUACAGACUGCGGUAAGUUUGACGCUUUCCCAUCACACACUAGAGUAACACUCCUCCAAAUUGUGUGUGUGUGUGUGUGUGUGUGUGUGUGUGUGUGUGUCUGUCUGAGCGCCCGCACAAAAUAAUAAUAUAUACGUGUGUGUUUAUGUACUUUUAUAUGUGUUUGAGGAGUAUAAUGUUCACCCCCACUUAGCUCCUCCGGUUUACACCAUUUUUUAUAAAAAAAAUGACGUUUGUAUAAAACCACGACAGACAUCACCUGACACUUAGUGCAUCAGACAAAGGCUCAUCAUCUUCCAGUAGUGUGUGAGCGUCGCGGCCAGGUACACCUGAAGGACAUGCUGUGUGUGUGUGUGUGAGCGUCGCGCGGCCAGGUACACCUGAACAACAUGCUGUCUGGAUUUUGUGUUUUCGUUUUUGAUGAUUUAAACAAAGAACCAUCACACCAGCGAAAAAUUCAAUACCCAAUGAUGGAAUUUAGUUUACGAAAAAGAGGAGGAAGAUAGUUAUUUCCUCUUUGUGCUGUAGUUACACGGUGUACUUGGCCAGUGACUUAAUGAUAACCAGUGGUGUUGUAUGUUCAUCCCCAGUAGUCAUCAUCACUCAGUCAUCACCUUUGUGGAGCUGUAGCGGAAACUUUUUAACAAAUUGUAAAGAACUUUUACAAAGAUUGUGUAGACAGUAUUUUUGUUAUAUGUUCUUUGUAGCGUUAGAAUUUGAUUAAACAGAAUAUAUAUAUUGGUAAGAUACAUUAUGGUCGGAAUUGCAACUGCAUUGAAGAGACUAUCGUGCAAUUAUCGUGCUUUGGUACACUUCUUUAUGUAGUUAAGAGAAAGACAAUUAUAUAAAAAAUUAUGAAAA